CCGCUCCAGUGGGGGCGCUCCCGGAAGUAGGGCCGGGCGGGGGUCGCAGGUCGGGGUCCGGGGUGGGGGGCGUGCGCGCCUGGGACCUUCCGGCCCCGCGCUUCCGGUUCCCGCUCCCCGGCUCCCCCCGCGCUCCCCGCGCCCGGCAGUUCCCUGCCCUUCCCUCCGCGAGCGCGUGGCCUUCCCGCCUGUCCCGGGCCGGGCUCUCACCGAGAAACCCCCGCGCGACCCCACCCCGUACCCCGACACCUCCUGGGCAUGGCCGGGGCCUGAACGCCCCGCGCCCCACACCUCACUCGGCUUCGCCCGCCGCCCGGGGUCGGCCAGUGACCGCGCGCCCCUCAGGCCCAGGACGGGAGGAGGGGACGACCCGGGGACCUCCACCCCCACCCACCCCAGGCAGGUCCCCACGAAUGAGUGGCAGUCCGGGCGGCAGGCUCCGGCGGGCCGAGAAGCGAUGGAGAAUAAUAAAGGGCUGGAGAGCACGCAGGCAGACCUGAAGCUGGUGGCGCACCCGCGCGCCAAGAGCAAGGUGUGGAAGUACUUUGGCUUUGACACCAAUGCGGAGGGAUGCAUCCUGCAGUGGAAGAAGAUCUACUGCCGCAUCUGCAUGGCCCAGAUCGCCUACUCCGGGAACACCUCCAACCUGUCCUACCACCUGGAGAAGAACCACCCCGAGGAAUUCUGCGAGUUCGUCAAGAGCAAUACGGAGCAGAUGCGCGAGGCCUUUGCCACUGCCUUCUCCAAGCUCAAGCCCGAGGCGUCCCAGCCGCCUGGGCCUGACGCACUGGCCGCCAAGGCCGCCCACGGCCACGACAGCAAGAAGCAGCAGGAGCUGACGGCUGCCGUGCUGGGCCUCAUCUGUGAGGGGCUGUACCCAGCCUCCAUUGUGGACGAGCCCACCUUCAAGGUGCUGCUCAAGACGGCCGACCCCCGCUACGAGCUCCCCAGCCGCAAGUACAUCUCCACCAAGGCCAUCCCUGAGAAGUACAGCGCCGUCCGCGAGGCGGUCCUCAAGGAGCUGGCCGAGGCCACCUGGUGCGGCAUCUCCACGGACAUGUGGAGGAGCGAGAACCAGAACCGCACCUACGUGACGCUGGGCGCCCACUUUCUGGGCGUGGGCACCCCCGGCUGCCUCUCCAUGGGCUCGCGCUGCCUCAAGACAUUCGAGGUGCCCGAGGAGAACACGGCGGAGAGCAUCACGCGCGUGCUCUACGAGGUCUUCAUCGAGUGGGGCAUCGGCGCCAAGGUAUUCGGCGCCACCACCGACUACGGCAAGGACAUCGUGAAGGCCUGCUCGCUGCUGGACGUCGCGGUACACAUGCCCUGCCUGGGCCAGGCCUUCCACACCGCCAUCCAGCAGGCCUUCCGGCUCCCAAAGCUGGGCGCGCUGCUGGCGCGCUGCCGCAGGCUGGUGGAGUACUUCCAGCAGUCAGCCGUGGCCAUGUACAUGCUGUACGAGAAGCAGAAGCAGCAGAACGUGCCGCACUGCAUGCUGGUCAGCAACCGCGUGUCCUGGUGGGGCAGCACGCUGGCCAUGCUGCAGCGCCUCAAGGAGCAGCAGUUUGCCAUCGCAGGCGUGCUGGUGGAGGACAGCAACAGCCACCACCUCAUGCUGGAGGCAGGCGAGUGGGCCACCAUCGACGCGCUGGUGCAGCUGCUGCAGCCCUUCAAGCAGGUGGCGGAGAUGCUGUCGGCCUCCCGGUACCCGACCAUCAGCAUGGUCAAGCCGCUGCUACACAUGCUCCGGAACACCACGCUCAGCAUCAAGGAUACGGACGCCAAGGAGCUCAGCAUGGCCAAGGAGGUCAUCGCCAAGGAGCUUGCCAAGACCUACCAGGAGGCCCCGGAGAUCGACAUGUUCCUCAACGUGGCCACCUUCCUGGACCCGCGCUACAAGCGGCUGCCCUUCCUCUCUGCCUUCGAGCGGCAGCAGGUGGAGAACCGCGUGCUGGAGGAGGCCAAGGGCCUGCUGGACAAGCUCAAGGACGGCGGCGGGGGCGGCUACCGCCCGGCAGAGAACAAGAUCCUCCCGACUGCGGCCCCCGAGGAGCCGCCGGUGAAGAAGCUCAUGCGCACGUCCACGCCGCCGCCCACCAGCGUCAUCAACAGCAUGCUGGCGGAGAUCUUCUGCCAGACGGGCGGCGUGGAGGAUCAGGAGGAGUGGCACGCGCAGGUGCUGGAGGAGCUCAGCAACUUCAAGUCGCAGAAGGUGCUGGGCCUCAACGAGGACCCUCUCAAGUGGUGGUCUGAUCGCCUGGCCCUGUUCCCCCUGCUCCCCAAGGUGCUGCAGAAGUACUGGUGCGUGGCGGCCACGCGCGUGGCGCCUGAGCGUCUCUUUGGCUCCGCUGCCAAUGUGGUCAGCGCCAAGAGGAACCGGCUGGCCCCCGCGCAUGUGGACGAGCAGGUGUUUCUGUAUGAGAACUCCCGUGGAGGGGCGGAGGCGGAGCCUGAGGACCAGGACGAGGGGGAGUGGGGCCUGGACCAGGAGCAGGUGUUCCCCCUGGGGGACGGCGUCAGUGGCGGCUUCUUUGGCAUCAGGGACAGCAGCUUUCUGUAGCGACUAACCCUCUUGUCUUACGGUGACCCCCCCCACCCCCCCCGGGAGCCCACUGGAUGCUUUGCUGUACAUACCCAUCCGGCUGGCUCGGUUUUGAACCUCAGAGACCAUCCACCGUCUUUGACGCCUAGUUGGGAAGGCAGAAAAGGAAAGAGAUGCCAGAAGUGAGAGAGGGCCGGGCGCAGUGGCUCACGGCUGUAAUCCCAGCACUUCGGGAGGUCAAAGCGGGCGGAUCACCUGAGGUCAGCAGUUCGAGACCAGAGAAUCGCUUGAACCCGGGAGGCGAAGGUUGCGGUGAGCCGAGAUCGCUCCACUACACUCCAGCAUAGGCGACAAGAGCAAGACUCUUGUCUCAAGAAGAAAAAAACAUGGGAGAGGUGGCUUCGCAAUGGUUUCUGGGUCCCUCCCGACUUUGGCUUGGGAAUUGCAGCGCUACCCCUGGCUUGCCGCAGAGCCUUGGAGGAGGGGUUCCUUCUCAGACACUCAAGGCCCCGCACACUACUUCCCUUUCAGCUCCUCCCUGCCAGGGUUUCUAAGAAAUGUGGGAACAUCCUGGGAGGCGUGGAAGGAGCCUUUCAGCACCAUCAUCCGAGGGGCCUUCUGCAUCAGCGCGUUCAUGUUUACAUCCUCAUGGAAGCCGGGGCCUCUCCCUUCUGAGAAACGGGGAGGAGACCUUUUAGCCAAAAUGCCCUUCUUGAAAAGAGACCUUUUUUUAAGGUUCAGUUAAAGACGUCACAGAUGAUCACAAGAAUGCCCUCACUUAUCAGAAAGCAAACCACCAAAAAAAAAUAGGUGUGGAACACCGUGUAUGCUGCAUGGUUGCUGGCAAACAGUCUGUUCCUUCUCUCUGCCAAAAUUCACCUUGUGGAGUUGGUCCUUGAAAACUGGUCUGGCGUGGUGGCUCACGCUGAGGUCAGGAGUUCGAGACCAGCCUGGCCGACACCAUGAAACCCCGUCUCUACUAAAAAAUACAAAAAUGAGCCGGGCGUGGUGGUGGGUGCCUGUCAUCUCAGCUACUUGGGAGGCUGAGGCGGGAGAAUCGUUUGAACCCGGGAGGCGGAGGUUGCAUUGAACCGAGAUUACGCCACUGCACUCCAGCCCCUGCGACACAGCGAGACUCCGUCUCAAAAAAAACAAAACAAAACUGUGUGGCCGAUGGGUCCUGAGGUUGUAUCUUGUGUGUCUCAGCCCUAAGAGUCCAGUCCCCCCGUGCAGCCAGGUUUUCCACACAGACGGGUGUUUCUGAUUUCAUUCCUGGAGAGGACUGUUGAAUAUUCCCCUUUAAACUCACUCCCAUCGGGGAAGUGGAUUUGGAAAUACUGCCACCGCAGAGUUUCUCUGUGGCUGGAGUAUUCUAAGUGGCUUUCACUUAUUCAGGGACAGAUAGACAUUUUCCAAGACUGACAACUACUGUUUAACGGGGGUGUGUGGUGGUGGGGGAUACUUCCAUGGAGUGACCAGCCUGUUAUGCCACGAAGCUUCGUGUGUCGCUUGGAUUCCAUGGGCCGUGGGUUCUCUGCCUCCGUGACGACAAGCUGGGGCUGGGGAGGUUGGGGUGUAGGAGGGAUGACCCCAGUCAGCUCCAGCCCCUGUUCUGCUGAGACCCCAAGAGCCCUGGGCCUCAGACGGUGAAGCAGGAAGUUUCUGCGUGUUCACGCCUGGCGGCUUCUCAGGGCCACGGCAUUGAAUCCUGACGUCCUGUGCGGGUGUAAGUCUGCAGAAAGUUAAGUUCAGGGGAAACCCACGUAACCUGGCUUGCUGGUAUGGGAAGCGGUUCCCCUGUGAACCUGCCGCCCUCUGCUCUGGGUAUUCUCAGCAGAAGGGCACUGGAAGCCCACAGUGGGGCUGGCUUUUGGGUUUGGCUUCUGCUGUGCCCUGAAGCUGGACACAGUGGGCAGCCGCCGCCCCCGUGGCGGGGGGCUCUAUUCUGUAGCAUCACCAACCUUCCCUUCACGUUUUUCAAAUCAUUCGCUUCUCAUCACUCACUGGAAGAUGCGCGCUGCUCCGGCUCUGUCUUCAUUUUCAUUUUUAAGCCACUGUUCCCUCCUGACGGUCGCCUCUUAUUUAAUGCUUUAAACUUGGACUCUUGCUCAAUACACCAGAGAAAUAAAUCGGCUCCUAAUCUA